AUGUUAGUUUGGACAUGUGUUCCUUCUGGAAAAUCUGGUUUAUAUACUACUUAUUAUCGAUAUCGUGACAGAUGUAAUUAUUAUACACCUGAACUUGAACCAGAAAGACAACAGACAAAGGAAGAAAAACAGAUUUCAAGAUUUCAAGAGCUUGAAAUAUCAUAUAAUGAAGAAAAUGUACAAACUAUUGCCGAUAAAGCAUAUGUAAGUGAACAAUAUGUUAUCACACCAAGAAAAAAACCUCGUGGUGGUGAAUUAACAACCGAAGAGAAAGAUUUCAAUCGAUCUAUCUCCAGUUCAAGAGCAGCUAUUGAAAACAUUAACAAACGUAUUAAAAAGUAUGCUAUUUUAGGAAGUGUAUACAGAGGUCCUUAUGACGAUAUGGAUAAAAUUGCUCGUAUUGUCGCUGCAUUAUGUAAUCUUAAUUUGAGUAAACAUCCUAUCCGUAAAAAUAAACUAUGAUAUAUGUUCAGCAACUCCUAAUUAAUUGUUUCUAACUGAUGUUCAUUGUUUCUAUAUCUUUCAUUCCAGAUAAAUAUUGCGAAUCACAAUGAGCAACUCUUAUGAGAGAAUGUUUUACGAAAGACCUCAGAAUGCCAUGUUUCUUUCACUUUCAAUUAGGUAUGUAGUCGAAACUAUAGCAGAUUAUUAGCUCUUUAUUAGUACUAUAACUGGUAAAAAAAUCAUAAGUUUUGGUCUAUGAAUAGAAGUUAUACAGUGAAAAAUAACUUGGGGUAUCCGGCCAGACUGGCCAACCCCAUAUACAUAUAUAUAUAUAUUUCGUGUAACCAGAGUCAGCCGUGAUAGAAACAAAAAUAGAGAAAUCAAAGAGGAUUAAAUAAGCAGAUAAUAUAUCGCAAUAAGUCUAGCGUCAAUGAGUGACAUCUGUUGACGAUAACACGAUAUGCAUAUAAUUGAUCGAAAAAGUGCGUAUGUUGGUAAAAUGUCACGUUCUAUUGAUCAUCGUAAACAAGCAUUAGUUGGAAAAAACCUGUAAAAAAUCAUGACGAAUGAUAAAUAAAAUAAUCCAUUUCGAUUACGCAUUAAAUAGCAUCAAUAUAAUCUUGUAUCAUACCGAUGGUGAGUAUAUGUUUGCUUUUGGUCAUAUAUACCCUAUUCAAUGAUUGAGCAAAAAAAAUUAUGAGAAGCUGAAAACAACAUCAAGAAAGAAGGAGAUACAAUGGGAACUAUUUUGACCAUGGAUCAGUAGAUCGUAUUUGUAGUAAUUCAUAAUUGAACAUUCUCAUCACUAAUAUAGAUAAUCGUGAUUCAAUUGACCUUACACAUAAUAGACAAUAAGAAUACAAGAGAUAGGAACAUAAUCCGAUAAAAAAGAACGACCAUAUGAUUAUUUUCAUUUAACUGAGAACUGCGAAAAUAAAAUACCAGGAAUUUUACUCUUUGAAAUCUAGCACUGAAUUCGUAUGUUUUAACUGGGAGUUAAGAUACUGCUGAAAAUGAAAACCUCGAACGAGAUUAAGAAAACCCAAUUAAUGCUCAGUGAUGGAAAUGGUUGAUUCCAACAUAACAAGCUCUAAUUCAGAUAUUCAGAACAUUUUUUUCAAUGAAAACAUAGCCAAAUGAGGAUUGAGUUAAAGUCAUUCAAAGCUAGAGAUUUUUCUAUUUUCGAGGAUGGUGCGAAUCUAUUAAUCCUAGUUUGAUACUGGUUCUUGUACAUCUCCAGGAGAUCAUCCAGCAAGAACCGAAAAUGAUUCAUCUUCCAUGGCUCCCAAAGCCGGCUCCGCGUAGCAACUGGGACUUUGGACCAAACUUCUACGUUAAUGAUGUCGAGUAUGCAUCUUCCCAAGAUGCGUGCUGUGCCUGCUGUAUUGGUGACUUGACCAUAUCAUCUGGUCCAUAUCGCUGCAAUACACAUGCAGACGGAUGUUUAGCGUGCGCCGCAUGUUGUGGAAUAUGCAUUCCGAAUUGUAUUGUUGGCCUGCUUUGGGGUUUUGUUAAGACUAUCACAUGUGGAAAGUUAGGCAGGGCUGGUUGUGUAUUCUCUUCAAAGAUUUAAAAUAAAAGGCAUUCUAUCAACUAAUAUCCCUUAUCAUGCAAAAUGUUUUUAUCAAUGUAAUAAAGAAUAAAGAAACUAACAUAAAAUAAAUGGGCAAAUUAAUAUAAUGAAAUAAAUUAAAAAUUAAAAAUUAAAUAAAAACAGCUAAUAUUUUCUCUUUAACGUCAUAUUUCAGUAUCUAUUUCGCAGAUACCACCAUCAGAUAGUUACUGCUAUGAGCUUGGAUAUAAGUAGGUACAGUCUGUGACGAUGUACUACAGUAGUUAUUUUAUGAGCAAAAUGAAAGUUUACCGAUGAGAACAGGAUCAGGUUUUAUCGUUGCUGCAUUUUCUUUUAGUAUAUGUUGAGGAUAUUUGGAAAGAGAAGAAGUGCCGAAGUUCUGAGUUUAGUAUUGCGGAGUUUACUCGAGUUAGACAGGAUCAGUAAGCAUUUGUGUUGAAAGUACAUAGUGACUCAAGGAAAGAAAUGGUUAUGUUUCAGUUGAUGCGUGUAUUUGCAGAUAUGUGGUAGAAGGGGAGUGAUCGAUAUAUGUAUGUGUUUCUGAUGUCGUAUCAGUGACUCAUAGUUUUUCUUUUUUUUUCAUUGUUAUGUGGAGAGAUAUAGAUGGAAGCGUAUGUUCUUUGUCAGUUACUCACGAUUCGUUAUAGGGAUGGGCUUAUCAGAAAGAUUUCGUUGUUUAUAUUGUUUUUCAGUUUUUCGUUUUAGUCUGUCAGCAUAAAUAUAGGGUGGCAUCGAUCUGAUUCCCUUAUUCAGUUCUGGUCUUUUUUUGUUGUCUUCAUAGAGAUUCUUUGAUCGAUAGUUUAUAUUUAUAUCUCUCUUUUAGUCGAAUAACGAAGUCAUUACUAGUAAAUGUAUGGCCUGUCGUAUAGUAAUGUUUGGCUAUGGCGGUUUUCGGUACAGGUUGUUUUGUUUGUUUUUGUAGUAUUUCCAGAACUUUCACGAGUUUGACGAUUUCUUGUUAGAUGCAUUGAACUGUUAGAGUUGGUAAUUUUCCUGUUUUCAAACAAUUACAAUCAUUUACAUUAAUUCGUAUAGAUCGCGAUUCUUUAAAACUAAUCUUAACCAGUUUACAUAAACUUCAUCAGCUACGUUCUCUUUCAAUUAAUAUUGACUCACUUAGUCAUAUUCAAAACCAAUUAAUAAACUCACAAUUGAUCAAUCUAAAGUUGAGAACAUGUUCAAUUGAUGAACUAGAAACUUCUGUGCAACAUCUUGCAAAACUUAACUCAUUAGAUGUCUGUUUAAAUGUAAAUCGAUCAAACUUUAUCCGUGAUUUACUAUGCAAACAACUCAUUCGAUUAAAUAUAAAAAUUCAAAGUAAAUAAUAAAGAGUAUUAUUGCAUGAGAUAAUUGCAUUUGUAUUCUAUUUUGUGACAUAUAUAGAAUAUUGUAUGACGAUUAAUAAAAUCAAGCAAUUCUUAAUGAAAUUGUCCUAUUUAAAGCAUUUUGAAUUACAAGCUGCUGCUCCAAGCCAACUUCAAGAUAAAUAUCAAUGGAAAAAAUUGGCGAGCUCUAUCAAUACUUUCAAUUUUUAUUUCAAUUUCGAAAUUAUGUUAAGCGAAAACAUUCUUCUACCCUUCGGCACACUGUUUUGACUGAAAGAAAAGCGUUGGUUUGUAGCAUAUCAAGAUUAUUCCUUGUUUUCCAUACCUCGAUUUACACCAAAUGCUAUUGACAUUUCUCGACUAUUACGUAUUCAAUGAUCAGCAACUAGUAGAAUACUUAUAUAUGAUGAUAAUGUUAAGAAAAUUGUGAUCUCAAAAAAAAUUAGAGACAAGUCUUAUUUUACUAAUAUUAAGCUCCCCUCCUCAAAAAAGUCACUUUUCGUCAGAAUCAUUAAAAUUAAGGUAAAUACAUAGGAAGAAAGCCUGUCAUUUGCUCUUAUAUAAACGAUAAAAAUUUUUCUUCGAUACCUCCUUUUUUCCGAAAAACAUUCAAGAUUUUUGACAAUCCCUAUUCAAAAAACAAGCGGUUUUUGAAAAAUCCAAAAAUCUUUUUCUUUUUUUCUCAAAGUGCUAGUCAAACGACGCAUCUUCAGUGAAAGUCAAUUAUAAUGCGAUAUAACGUCAAAUAUUUUUGUUUGUUUGAAAGAUCAUCAAAAACUGCGAUGCCUAUGAGGGGCCUUUUUGUGUACUCAAAAAGUGAGUACACUCUAGAAUCGGUCAGUGUGUCCGGCCGUUUACACGAUAACUGUUGAAAAGAGAGUCCAAUCGCGAUGAAAUUUUCUACAUAGUUUAGUUUCAACAAUAUCUCGGUCGCGUUCGAAGAUGAAAAUGAUUGGCCGAGCGGUUCCUGAGUUAUUCCAAAAAUAGUUAUUUUUCCUUAUGCCUUGCUAUGCGAAAAUCAACCCCUCUCCGCUUUCGUAAACAACUUUUCCUAUCACAGUCAAAUAAAACCCUAACUAUUAUAUACCAUUCGAUAGAGAAUUUCGCGACCUACAAAAUGGAAUAUAAAACAUAAAGAAACGAGAAGGCUAACUUCUCUAAUGCAAAGAUAAUUAAACGGAAAUUGGUUCUGUUUUUGUCCACGCUCUGAUUAAUCCACAACUAGAGCUCUAUCUUCCGAUCACAGACGUGAUACUUCGAGGUUUUCUAGGGCGGAGAACUUGGGUGUGUGUGGCUGUGGCUGUGGCGUGGAUGAAGAAAAGACCCAUACCCACAUCCACACCCACACCCACAUCCCACACCCCACACCCCACACCCACAACCCAUACCCAAAACCACACCCCACACCUACACCUACAUCCACACCCUAGUUAGCCAACUUUAAGCAAUCUGAAUUUAACAUAGUCUUAUACCCA